AAAAGAGGGAACGUCAUUCUGUCCAGGCAACUGACGUUCAUCUACGGUGGUGUAACGAUGGAGGCACGAAAAUCACCCUUUGGUUAACAGAGCAUGAACCCCGUUACCCGUGGCGGCCACCCCCCUCCUCUUUGUCGUUACCAUGACCCCUGUCGCCCUGCCACCCUGCCACCCUGCCACCCUCUCGUCCUGCACUACGCCCGUUUAAACUGAAUUAUGCAUUCAUGCUAUUCCAUGUUGCAUUACGUUGCUCAUUGUAAUGUGUGUCAAGGGUUGACCACCUCGAUCGACGUAGCUAACGUGGAAGCUCACGGACCCCUCUCGACUUCAGUCCACCUACCUAAUUACAUGCUCUUAUCGCCGCUAUUUAUCCUGUCAACGUUAUCACCUUGCCACGUGGUUAUUAUUUGCGGCGAGACAUUGAAUGCAGUCAGCCGCGCGUCCAUGCGGUCGAGACGGGGUCAUUUCGGAAUUAACGGAUAAAAGUUCGAAUUGAAUGCAAAUCGCAGAAGAAGCGAUGGGAAUUGCUUCGUUUUUACCGAUGAGAACAUAACCGUCCGUUUAGCGAACCCUCGAAUAUCUUUUCAUCGUUCGUAAUCGAAUGUCUUCACGGUGGCCGAUGACCACUAUCUGUCUACACGUUACAAUUCUGCUUUCCGCAGUCUGGGACGAGUUGCUCGCCCUCUUCCCGAUACACGACCACCGUCUCCUUCUACGGUGAGAUUUAAGGCGUCACGGAACAUUAAAUGUCGUUGCUCAGCACCCUUCGACGCUCGCGCACACUGACACAGCCGACCAGAGGCAAAUUUCAAAGAAGAAUUCGGAAGUUGGUCGUUAGGUAAUUAUCGUAAAUUCACAAGCUUUUUGUCCGGGACACGGUGUGAAAGUCGAUUCCCUCGCGGGAAAAGGCAAAUUCCCGUAAAGGAUAGGUUGUUAAUUCGUUUGAUAAAAUAAAAUAGUACCGACUGCAUUCAUAGAUGAAAACGCUUCAUCCUAUGGAGAUAGGUACUUUCGAACAUGACUGGCAGUUAUAGUUUAUGAAGUCGCCAAGACGAAUUUAAUACAGUGUCAAACUCUCUAGAAAAUCGACAAUCAUGGUUGCGAACGAUCGGAAAGGAUGUCGAAGGGAGAAAUCAUGACAAACAAGUUUUCACCAAUCAUUUAUCUUCUUUAUUUUUAUUCACUGUAAAUAUGUAGAUAUACAUGAAUAAAAUUCUUCGUAGUUACAAUGUUUGUUAGCGAUUAUGAUAAACUUUUAUGCAACAUAUGUGGUAUCUAUCGCAAAGCAUGGAACAGGAAAAAUGCGAUCAAGGAUAUAUGGAAAUAUAUGGAAAAUACUUUGAAGACUGCUUCCCUCGGGUAGGCAUAUGGAAGCUAUUUCAAGGAUUGUCAAGCAACGAUCACUGUCACGGUGGUCGAAAGUGCAUCUGUGGUUUCGGUGGAGCCCUGUUCGCGUCACAGAACGUUGGACACUGAUCGGUCUCGACGCAUGCCAGCCUCUCUCGCGACCUUCUCCUCCUAAAUUCUCCAAAUCAACUUGCUCCCUGCAAAAUCAGUUCAAUUUUAACUCCUUCCGAGUUUCUUUUUUUUUCUCACAAAAACAGAUCAAAGGUUAUCAAUUUUCAUUUAUUAAAUUUUAAAGGCUUCACUGGCUAAUCUUGACUUUGUUACGAUCGAAAAGAAGAGAGGUUUGCCGGAGAGACGGUCCUUUUCUCCUAUCCAUUUCUUGUCGGGCGCCACGAAACGGGGAAUACCAAGAAAAAAGUCGUGUUCAAAGGAUCUCGAAUUCUUUCUUAAGUUCCAUCCCGAGCAGCGAAGAUGAAAAAGAAGGAUGGCAAAGACGCGAGUACGGGAGGACAAAAGCGACCACGAGAGAUGUUUCGUAGACAGGGUGAUUCUCGCGAAGAGAAAGAGGAUGACAAAGACAGGGUAGAGUGUCCAGGCUGGGCUCAUAAUUUUCCUUGGGGGACGCGCGACACACGACGUGUACGUGUCACCGCGUCGCGACGCACGCGUCCGUCUCAUCGCGACUGGAACACCAAAAACGAACCUCCAGCUAUUUUAUUGCCCUCCUUUUCCGAGCCAGAGAUUCCAUCGUUUUUUCCUUACGAAUAACGCUGACAGAGUCUUCGAUCCAACUCCGACAUGCUGUUCUCAGAAUCGAGAACAAUGUUUCCUCUUUCUAAAAAUAUCAAUUUUUAAUCGUUUAAAAAUUGACUUGCCUCCAUGGCAAACCAUUCCCAGUCGAAACGCAAAGGUUGAAUAUCGUAAAUCGAUUAAUUCACAGACAACAUACGAGCGCGAAGUUCACGAAGGAAACGCAUUAGGUGAUUUCCCAUUUAUUUCGAGGAAAAUAAUUCGGUGUAAACGACGUCGAAAGUGGCCAGCGAACGAAGCAACGGGAGAAGACGCGUUUUAUUGGGCCAACACGGUUGACAGCAAGAGUGACUGCGCUCGUAAAAGCCUCGUAUAAAUAAAAUCGCCGGGAAUAUAAUUGUUGCUGAGAGCCGGCAGCGUUCCUUUCGCGCUAAACUAUACGGGGUGUCGUCUAACUACUUUUCAACCGUAAAAUUUCUCCUAUAUUUCAUCUGUAUAUCGAUCGAAUCAAACGGAGAAAAGAAGAAAAAGAGAUUUUAGGGUGCGAUAUUUUCCACCCUAAAGAAAAUAUCAGGCGAACGCUGUUACCCUUGUUUGCUAACCGCUGCCGUAAGCUUUCUUAAUAUUUUUCUUUUUCGCAAGAACGAUCAUCUCUUUCCGUUCGAUUCGUGUUUGCAUAGGGACACGCGUUUUCGCAAUGUAUGCACUUUAUAUGUAUAUUCCCUUAUAAAGGUCCUCUACAAAUCUAAAAAGCCAGCAUUUUUUCUACACAUUGAAUCGAAAUUUAUUUUCUCGUGGAGUAGAUUAUAAAUGGUGUAGUAGUAGGUAAUAAUGUAUCAAGUGGAAAUAACGAUGUAUAGUCGGGCAGAAAGUAAUGCAACGAUUUUAUAAAUAAAAGUUUAUGCAGUGUAUCGAUGUUGGGUCAGAAAAAAGUGGAAGGAAGUUCAGUAGACAAGAAAAAGAAUCAGAAGCCUUGGGUUAAAGCUAAAUCGUUACUCGACACCCUUGUGUAACGAGAGCCAGCCGCGAUUAUGAAGAAGACCAAUGUUCCUGGGCAUAAAGGACCGUGGUUCAACGUGUCCAUGAAAAUCGAAACCACUGUGACGCCGGCGCCUACCAUUUACUCGUAUUCUGCCUCUACUACUCAAAAUGGACACCUAUCAUACACGUUCCUCUCGACUCUCUGUACACGUAAUUACUUCAUGUCCUACUAAUUCGCCUAUUCGCGAGACGACAGUACAGAAAUCGAUUACGUGGCAAUUCUUAUCAGAAUGUUACAUUACCUAUUAUUGUCAGCAAGGGAGUAUAAUCCCUCUUUGAUUCUUCUUUGAUUCUUCCAAGAACAAAAAGAUAAUCGCGAUGGUACUGAAACUUCCAAAGAAUCGACAAAGUAUCUUUUUAACCCUGAAGGGUUAGAUCGAAAAGGCGAAACAGUUGUGGGUAUCGUUUAGAAACCAAUGAGCUUCUAAUGAAGGUGGAGCUUGCCGAGGAAAUCUCCACCUACUCUUAAAAUGCUCUAUUUCUCUCCUCUCCUGCGUGCGUGUCUCUCCCUACGUAAAAGGCAGAAGGAGAGGAAGAAAGAGGAGAACGGAAAGAGAGUGUGACAGAGGGUCGGAGAGGGAAGAACGAAGAGGAGAGACAAAUGAAGAGGCUGAGGAGGAUCUUGAAGUGCGUUUUAACUCGGCCAAGUCAGUUGGCAUCUCGCCGCACCUACUAAUACGAUGGCUUCGUUCGUACACUGCUAUCCGUAACGAUCUUCCGACCAAAUCGAUCGACCAGUUGUGAUUUACACGCGAUUUCGUUAAGUCCGGACGACGCGUUAUCAGUGUAACUUCCCAUAGAGUGAUUCCGUAAACAAGACAACGCUAAACGUUCGAGUGGAGAACUUUUUCUUUGGAGCUUUCGAGAGAUCUGAAAAGAAUCUUUACGACUCGACGGCUCGUAAACGCUGCAGACCGUACAUACACAGGGGACCGUGUAUAAAUACUGAAAGAAUUAACGUUCAGAAUCGGUGAAAUAGCUGCAAAAGCGAUUGAUUUAUGGAACCUCUAUGGAUAGAGGUGGAUCAAACAGGAGCAAACUUUUUACACGAACCGCUGGCAUAGAAAAUCGAUUUGCUUUUGCAAGACAAAAUUUGUUCGUUCUAAUUUACAUGUUGGUAGUUGGUAUUCAACUCGAAGGGGAAAGGUACGCGUUGACCUGAAUCACCCCUUUUUCGCAACACCUUCGAACACUAAAACGAAUUGCAAUUGAUCGUAACCAGCGGUUAAAUAUUCUGUAAAAUGUAACCGUUGAAAAUUUCAUGAAUACCAAUGAUUUUAACGUUAACCGACGAACAAAUUGUUUGUAAAUUGAUCGUUGAUAAACGACGCGAGAUUUAAAUAUAAGGAAGGCUAUGAAACAGUGGGUCCAAUAAUAGUUUUGGAAAACCGAUAAACCGUUUUUUUUCGUGAGGUCGUGAACGCAUCGAGCCGUCAUUUCGGCCGGCACGUGCCACGUGCCACGGGAGACCUUAAUUACCCGGUCACGCUUCACCUCGGAAAUGCUUCAAUUAAGAUUUUCAAAAGUAAAUUACGCGUUGGAAGCUCUCCUCGUAUAUCUUUGCCACUCGUAAAUAAUUCUUGCAUCCUGAUGAUCUCCUAAAACGCUCGUUUCUUCGAACUUAAUCAGCAGAAAUUCAAAUGAUCGUAUAUUGAUCUUGAAAAUCAAGUAGUCGUGGUAUUAAGGAGACACGUUAAUCGACGUUCUAAUAAGAAGCAAGGAAAAAUGUUGUGCACAAACUCGGAAGAGGAAGGAAACGGUGUGAUAGUUUCGCAGGUUGGGAAUCCCCAUGCACCGCAAGAUUUCACCGUUUCCCGACUGUUAUCGACACCAACUCAUUCACUGGAUUGUACCGAGAAUUCCACGACACCUGCGAGCAGAAGACCCAGAAGAAGCAGAACAACGUUUUCGGCCCAACAAUUGGCCGCUUUGGAGAGAGUAUUCGAGAGGACGCAUUAUCCUGACGCUUUUGUCCGGGAAGAACUCGCGACUCGAGUGUCUUUGUCUGAAGCCAGAGUACAGGUAUGGUUCCAAAACAGGCGCGCCAAAUUUCGUCGAAACGAAAGAAGUUCUGCCAUUAAUAGAGGGAUAUCUUCGAACAGAGAAAUGGAAAGCACUUUACCUCUACGACCUGUCAGAGUAACGCAUACGCAAGAAAAUAACACAGAGGCUUUGCAAACGUCUCAAGUUGCUCAGUAUCCUUACGGUGAAUACUGGAGAACAUCGCAACAUUACGCCUCUAUGCAAACUACUAGUUGCCAUGGAUUUAUCAACGGUAAUUUGGCAAACGUAAAUCUACCCUCUUAUCACCAGACAGACAUUCAUAGUGGACUCGAAGGAUCAGCGAUAAAUAGUUUAAAUGCUCUGAGAUUCAGAACGCAUCCGUAUGGAACCGCUUACUCUGCCAUGCACGCGAGCAUGUAACUCUGUCUAUUCAUAAAUCACCAAAUAUUUUCAACUUACAAGUACGAACUAUCAAUUGAAUAAUAUAUACCAAAGGACCAAUCGAUCGAAUUACGGU